AUGCCGCCAAGAAGAGGCGGAUAUACAAGAGGUCGUAAAAAACAAGAUCGAGGGAGUUCUAGGUCAACUAGAUCAACCGACAUUACGUCACAAACAUUAACAACCGUAAAUGAAGAACAACAAACAAUAAAAACAAAAUCAAAUUUUGUAGUGGCACCAUUAAUAGUAGAAACUGAAUCACUUACCAAAGUCAAACUUAACAUCAUCAUUAAAAAUUAUUUAUCGGAUGUUAAAAUUUCUGAUAUACAAACAAAUCGACCAAAUUCAUUCAUAUUAUAUCCAGAAGAUGUGAAAUCUUUCAAUAGAAUAAUAAAUGAUUUAUCAUCGACAAUUCAGUCAAAUGAAAAUCAACGCGUCGUUGUUUACAUCCCGCGUUCUAUACAAAGAAUACUGGAAAAUAACAAAGAAGCUUUUGUCAAGAAGAUUGAUCUAGAAAUAAGUGAAGCUGAUAUUGAACAAGCUCUCGAUAAUCAAGGAUACAAAUUUGAAAAAAUUACACGAUUAAUGAACAAAGAAAAUAUGCCACUCAAAACAAUAAAAAUCACUUUUCAAGACUCUUUCAAUAGAGAUCUAUUUGUCAAACUCGGCUUACAAAUCGACUCAAUGCACUUCAAGGUUGAACCAGCCACUUAUAAUAAUAGACCAUGUCAAUGCUACAAAUGUUUCAGAUAUGGACAUGUUGCGAAAUAUUGUAAAGCUGAAAACCAAGUCUGUUCGAGAUGUGGUACUCUUAAUCAUAAACAUGAAAAUUGUCCAAACAAUAACCAGCAACCCAUAUGCUGUAACUGUAAAGGAGGACACGCUGCAACGUCUACAGAUUGUCCAAAAUAUAAAGAAUAUCAACAGAAAAUUCAAAAAACCAUUGAUCAAUACUCAUCAACUACAAAACAAAUUAGAACAAUACAAACAUGUCCCAGCUGGAAAAACACAGAUGAUUUUCCAUCUCUUAAAAUUAUGGACAAAACAGAUCAAAUAUCAAUUAUUGAAACACUUACAGAAAAAAUAAUGCUUGCGGUAGAACAAGCAACAGAAAGAAUCUUUGAAGCUCUAAAUCGGAAGUUCGAAAUAUUAACCAAUCAAUUAGGAAACAAAUUGAAUAUUGAAAUCGAAGACAUAUCAAUCAGGAAAGAAGAUAAUAAUUCAAAAAUUAAUAACAAUUUGAAAACAACAACAACAAUAACAACACAACAUCGAAUACCACAAGAUCGAUCAACAGAAGCAAUCCAAAAUGAGGAUAUCGAUCUAUCACCAAUACCUGUCAAUGGAACCAAACGUAAAUAUAAAUCAUCACCAAGCAACUCAUCAGACAAAUCAACAAAUAUAGAAAAUAAUUCUCAAAUAUAA